CACAUCCUCCACACCCCAGCAUGGCCGCGUCCACCAUGUCCGUCUGCUCCAGCGCUUGCCCCGACUCCUGGCAGGUGGAUGACUGCCCAGAGAGCUGCUGCGAGCCCCCCUGCUGCGUCCCCAGCUGCUGCACCCCGGCCCCCUGCCUGACCCUGGUCUGUACCCCAGUGAGCUGUGUGUCCAGCCCCUGCUGCCAGGCGGCCUGUGAGCCCAGUCCCUGCCAAUCAGGCUGCACCAGCUCCUGCACGCCCUCAUGCUGCCAUCAGUCUAGCUGCCAGCCGGCUUGCUGCACCUCCUCCCCCUGCCAGCAGGCCUGCUGUGUGCCCGUCUGCUGUAAGCCUGCCUGCUGUGUGCCCGUCUGCUGUAAGCCUGUCUGCUGCAAGCCUGUGUGCUGUGUGCCCACCUGCUCUGAGGGCUCCUCUUCAUGCUGCCAACAGUCUAGCUGCCAGCCGGCUUGCUGCACCUCCUCCCCCUGCCAGCAGGCCUGCUCUGUGCCCGUCUGCUGCAAGCCUGUGUGCUGCGGGCCCACUUGCUGUGAGUCUUCGUCAUGCUGUCAGCAGUCUAGCUGCCAGCCAGCUUGCUGCACCUCCUCCCCGUGCCAGCAGGCCUGCUGUGUGCCCGUCUGCUGCAAGCCUGUCUGCUGUGUGCCUGUUUGCUGCAAGCCUGUGAGCUGUGUGCCUGUCUGCUCUGGGGCUUCCUCUUUGUGCUGCCAGCAGUCUAGCUGCCAGCCGGCUUGCCACACCACCUCCUGCUGCAGACCCUCCUCCUCCGUGUCCCUGCUCUGCCGCCCUGUGUACAGGCCUGCUUGCUGUGUGCCCGUCCCCUCCUGCUGUGCCCCCACCCCCUCCUGCUGUGCCCCCGCCUCCUCCUGCCAGUCCAGCUGCCGCCGCCCGGCCUCCUGCGUGUCCCUCCUCUGCCGUCCCGCGUGCUCCUGCCCAGCCUGCUGAGGACUUGGCUCAAGCUAGGAGUUGACCUGUUGCUGGGCACAUCCCCCAGGGCCUGCUGGUCCUGACUCAGGUUAGGAGGUUGCCCGGAUCUGGGACAGGUCCCCAUGUCUCCACUGUGCUGAGGUGACCACCCUCCUUGCUCUCAGAAGCCCCAUCCUCGCUGCUCCCCAGCUGCUGCCUCCCAGCACUUGCACACGUGCCUGCUGGGCCCCCGUCCUCCCUCCCAGCUUCUCUGCCCCAGGUCAUUUGGCCUCGACUUGAGCCUGUCAGCACCUCCUCCUGCUCCCAAUAAACUCUCCUUGGUCACCUGA